AUGUGGAGUGGACUGUUGCCUCCAGGACUGAAUGAAAGUGAUGUUGAGUCAAGUUCUGAUGAAGGAGAUGAAUCACAUGGUUCCUUUCCAAAGGAAGAUGCCAAAGAAGAUACUGAAAGAGAUCAGCUUUCGGAAUUCCAGGAGAAUGCCCCUGAAAAUAACACCAUCGGUGAACCUGUUGUGAUAUCAGCGACACAUGGAGAAAAUGAAUCUCAAACAUGCCCUUCUGGAGUGCCUUUACAUUUGUGGAAUAAAUUUGUGGAGCUUCAGAAGAAAAACUGUGAAAUGAAAAUGCAAGAAAUUCAGGGAAUCAAAAGCCGAAAAAGAAAGCGCCGCCGAAAAGAAAAACAGCAAAAGAAUGAUGAAGUGACUAAGAGUAGUCAACAGUUGGCAAAUGAAGACAAAUGGAAAGAACUUACACAAUACUUUGGAAUCAAUGACAGAUUUGAAUCCCCUGUGCAUAGCAAGGCUCCACAAAAGUCUGGCCUUGAACUUAGCAUAGAGAAGUCUGUGGCUGAAGGUGAUGUUGAUAAGGCUGAGGAGCUGAGUGAUAGAUUAGCCAUUCGUGAGCUUGGUGUGAAAAUUGCCAAAGCUGCUGCUUGCCGCAACUUUGUAAAAGCCAAGCAAGAAGCAGAGGCUGCCCAAGAAGCUCGAAAGAAAAAGAAGCUUGCUUGGGGAUUUGAAGCCAAGAAAAGAUGGGAAACAAAAAGCAACAUGGGAUACAUGUAA